UUCAAAUUUAUUUUUUGUAGAAAGAAGUAAAUUCCUUCGUUCGGAAAAUAUAACAAUUUGUAUAUUACUCCAAACUAUUAAUAACUAUUAAUAGAUAAACUAAACGAUCAAAUGACACAAUUAUAAUCGUUGUACAAACUAUAUAACUAUUAAAAGAUAUUAAUUACUAUUAAUAUAUAAACGGAGCGUCUUUCGUAAACAUUAUUCUAAGAUCCAGGCUGAAUUCCCAAUACAAUAACAAUUAAUGCCAUUUAUACAUAACUAAUUGACAAAUGUAAUUUAUGUAACAAUUGAAAUUGCUUUAUCUUUACUGAAGUAAUGUUAUGCAUUAGGUCGUUUUUUGGAAUAUUGUCGACAUCGAACCGUGCUCGAACUGUAUUUCCAUGUUGGGACGAGCCGGAAAUAUAUAUGAAUUAUGAGAUUGUAAUCAGGCAUUUUGAGCAAUACCAAGUUAUAUCGAAUAUGCCAGUGCAGAAGUUGUUACAUGAGUCAAAUAAUAUGUCAUUAACAUAUUUCCAUAUUAGUAAACCUAUAACUUCAAGUCAAGUGGCAAUUAUUAUGCUUGAUAAUAUGAUACAACAUACUUUGGAGGACGAGUAUUUAUGGUGUAAACUACAUAUAACUGUGGAGGAAACGAACAUUUUGAAUGAAAUUUAUUAUAUAAAAAGAAAUUUGACAACUAAUUUCAAAGUCGAAGACAGAAUUAUGAAAACCGAUCACAUCGUGAUUCCGAAUUUUCCGUUACAAGUCAUAGGAAGUUUAGGAGUUAUUAUAUACAGAGAACAUAGCAUUAAGUUUGAUACUAAUACUGAUUUUCCUGGUCGUAAAAUUAAUAUCUACAAGUUCAUAGGCGAUGCUAUGGCGCGGGAAGUCCUUGGUCAAGUAAUCUGUCCUUCUUAUCAGUGGUUAAUUAAGAUAUUGGCAUCCUUCUUAAGUCAUUUUACUAUUUUUCAAGUAAGUCUACGUUCCUACCUUUGUCAGAAUAUAGUUACGUUUCUACAGGUCACGCAUUUUAUUCUUCUAUAUUGUUAACCCGUACGUUGUUUUUUAUAUCGUGUUAAUUCGAUGGCAAUAAUAAUCACUUCUAGAACUCAACUUACUCGUCGUUUAUGGAUCUCUCCGUCGUUCAGACAAUGCAGGGUGCUUUAUACUAUGACGUCGAUUUCCAAA